CCGGAUUCUAUAGUCCUUAGAUCGAGUCAGUAGGUCUUGUCAGUCAAGGGGGUAGAGUCUAAGUGGUGAGGAGUGGAACCAUUGCCCGAUUGUGCACCUGACACCAUGGUUGAGACACAUACUGGCAAAAGCACUGCCCCACAGUCAGAAGCCGAACAGGCACGGAUCGCCGCCAUCCUGAGAGAGAGAAAGGAGAAGAAGGAGCUCCUCAAACAAGCGAAGUUAAAGGCGAUAGCUGAGGAGCAGACGGCGAAGAAGAAGAAAUUGGAGGAGGAGAUGAUAAGAUUGCAGCAGGAGGAGGAAGAGAAAAAGAGGGCUGCCGAAGAAGAAGCAGCAGCAAAGGAGGAAGAAGUAGAAGAAGAACCCCUAGAAAGGAGGCGUGGGGGAGAUAGAGGAGAAAGCAGCAGCACAAAAGAAGAAGAUAAGUGGAUGGAGAAGAAGAUCGGUGAGUUGGUUGCUAAUUUGUCGUUGGGGGAAGAUGAAGAGGCAAUGUUGUAUGUGCCUCUGGAGGAGAAAGAAGCGAUCGCUAGGCAACUGGAAACUAUGGAGGACCCCCUGGACCGCCAGAUGCUAGAGGAUGAGAAGAGAUUGGAGUGGAAGUUGCGCCUGGCAAGGGAGAAGAAGAGGAGGAGGGAGGAGGCCAACCGGGUGGCUAAGGAAGUGGAGAAGAUUCAAGCGUGUAGGUAGGAGGUGCAAGCGCAACAGGAAACCCCUGCCAAAUUAGACAAG